AUGAAUCUGGGGGGGGCUUACGCGGCUCCAAGCCCGAAUGAUAAUGUCGCGGCGGAGCCUGCCGCAGCGCGCCGCGGGCCCGGCGGGGCGACGCAUCAUCAUGGUGGGCGCACCGUGCCAGCCGCUCUCGUGGCGAUGCCACCGUGGCUGUGGAUCGCAGCUUGCGUGGCCGUUGUUGUGUGCUGGCUGCUCGUCACCAGUGGCCCGGCGGCCAACAGCCAGCUGCAGGACCCGUCCCCUCUCACGUGGUCUCCCUUUGCGGGGGAACGGCCUGGCUGUAUUCUCACCCUCGACUCGCGCUACAGCCCUGACGGCGUGCAGGCAGUAGAGGCGGCUGUAGCACAACUCAUGCGGAACCUUGGGAUAGAAGAAAAAGGGGACGGGGGUGGGCCCGGUGGGGGAUGGUUAGUGAAAAGGGGAAGGAAACUGCGAGCAGUGGAGGGUGUUGUGGUGCAGCUGGUGAGGCAUUUGGGGAUGUGGGGGAAGGGAGGAGGCAAAGGCGGAGGGGGAGUGAGGGGGGAAUGGGUAAGGGAAGGGGAACGGGAGGGGGAAGGGCCGGGGGAAGGGUGGACCAAGGGAGGAAAAAGCGCGAGAGGUACAAGAGAAGGGGGGAUGAAGGAGGGUGGUUGGAGAAAAGGGGGAGGAAGGGGAGGAGGUGAUGGGAUAGGGGACGAGGGAGGCGGCUUGUUGGUCGAUGAGGUGGGACAGGAUGACGACGCUGCUGGCCUCCAGAAAGGGCAGGGAAGCGAGUCAGAGGGUGAAGGUGGGGAAAGUGACACACUGGAAAGGGGGCGUGGGCUGUUUUCGCGAGGGGACGAGGUGGCUGAGGUGUGGAGGCGGUUCUACGAGAGUCUGCCUAAGAUGCUGGAUGGCCAUGGCAAGGAGCACAUUAAUAAGUUCCCCAUCUGGCUCGCUCUUGCUGUCAACAUUCCAUUCUUCCCCUCCCAUUCUGGCUGUAUGCAUGACGUCAUGAGUGCCACCUACUGA